AUGUCGAGAAGGAAACUUAUGAAGCCGAAGGCGGCUUCGAAAUCGACCCCCGCGAAGGACAAUUCGCAGUUCUUGGAGGCGCUGAAACUUUACGAGGACAAGAAUUACAAGAAGUCCGUUAAGUUGCUGGAUGCGCUGUUGAAGAAGGACUCGCGUAACCCGGAUACGUUGUCGCUCAAGGCUAUGGACCUUCUAUUCCUUGGGGAGAAGAAGGAGGCGGAGGGUUUGGUUGGCCAGGCAAUUAAGUUAAUUGACGGCACCAAAGCUAGCGCCAUCUGCUGUCAUGUUCUCGGUAUAUACAUGAGGACUACCAAGGACUAUAAGGAGUCGAUCAAGUGGUUCCAAGCAUCUUUGGAGAACGGGUCCACGAACAACCAGAUCUACCGGGAUCUGGCGACUUUGCAGUCGCAAAUCGGGGACUUCAAAGCGGCGUUGGUCUCCAGGAAGAAGUACUGGGAGGUAUAUCUGGGGUACAGGGCCAAUUGGACCUCCUUAGCUAUUGCACAAGAUAUCAAUGGCGAGAGACAGCAAGCGAUCAACACUCUAUCGCAAUUUGAGAAACUGGCCGAGGGCAAGAUCAGCGAUGCGGAGAAGUUUGAGCACAGCGAAUGUCUAUUCUACAAAAAUGACAUCAUGUACAGACAGGCUGAUACCAAUGCUGAGAAGUUGCAGAAAGUUUUGAACCAUUUGCAGGAUAUUGAGGGGAAGGUCUCGGACAAGUUUGGUAUCCUGGAGAGAAGGGCCUCCUGUCUUAUGAAAAUGGGUAAGUUCCGUGACGCCUCGAUCGUUUACAGGACUUUGAUUAAGCGCAACCCUGACAAUUUUGUCUAUUAUAAGCUGUUGGAGGUGUCCCUUGCCGUCCAGAACAACCCGGCGGUCAAGAAAUUGUUGUACGAGAAGCUGGCCAAAUUCUACCCAAGGUGCGAGCCGCCAAAGUACAUCCCAUUGACCUUCAUCAAGGAUGAAAGUGAGUUGGAGAAGAAGUUGGGCGAGUACGUUAUCCCGCUGUUGAAGCGUGGUAUACCGGCCACUUUCUCCAACGUCAAGCCGCUCUACCAAAAGAGAUCGGGCGUUGUUCCAAGGCUGCUAGAGCGUGUUGUUGGUAAGUACUUGGACUCCCUUGACGCGGGUGAGAACCCAAUCCAAUACAUCUGGACUUGUUACUAUUUGUCUCAGCAUUACCUCUUUGCUAAGGACUACACCAAUGCAUCCAAAUACAUCGAGCUGGCGAUCACUCACACGCCAACGUUGGUCGAGUUCUACAUCUUGAAAGCGAGGAUCGCGAAACACAACGGAUUGUUGGACGAUGCCGCUGCUGUCAUGGAGGAGGCCAGAAAAUUGGACUUACAGGACAGGUUCAUCAAUUCAAAGACUGUCAAGUAUUUCCUAAGGGCGAACAACAUUGACAAAGCAAUUGAGAUCGCAUCAUUGUUCACCAAGAACGACAACUCGGUGAACGGCGUUAAAGAUUUGCAUUUGGUAGAGGCUUCGUGGUUUAUCGUGGAGCAAGGUGAGGCGUACUAUCGACUUUACCUGGAGGCCGUCAAGAAGCUGGACGACUUCAAAAACGACAGUUCCAACGAAACUGAAGAAUCUGCUGGGGAACUGAGGGAGCUACAGUGGCUGGUCUCCAAAUACAGAGGUCUUUCCCUCAAGAGAUUCACCGCGAUCUCCAAAUUCUACAAGCAAUUUGAGGACGACCAACUGGACUUCCACUCGUACUGUAUGAGGAAGGGCACACCACGGGCGUACUUGGACAUGCUUUCGUGGGGGAAAACAUUGUACACGAAGCCUAUGUACGUACGUGCGAUGAGAUUUGCAGCAAGGAUCUACUUCGAGCUCGAGGAUGAGGCGAAGCGGAGACGAAUUGCCGCUGGUGGUGCCUCAGAGGAAGAGAACGGUACCGUGCAGGCGAACAAUAAGAAGGCCAAGAAGGAGGUGUCCUCUGUGAAGAAGCGCAGAGAGGAGGAGAGGAGACAGGUGCUUGCGUACAGCGAGGACCAAGACGACGACCCUUUCGGCUCGAAGUUGCUUGCAACCGCGACGCCGCUGGAUUCGUUUGCGCAGGAAUUCUACAACGCAUACAACGAAGAAGUCAGGGACGACGAGCGAGACCCGGUCGUGGACUUCGAGUUCCACUACAGAACUGGGAAACUUGCCCUGUGUCUUGGUGCGUUGAACAGAUGCGCAAAAAGGCAAGGUGCGGACAGUGCACUGUGUGGUGCUAUGCUGCUCACGUUGCUGAAUGCCACGCGGGAUGCGAUGCCCUAUGAACCGAUCGCGAAGAAAGUGGCACUGGCUGGCCUGGAGGCGGACUACAAGGAUUUGCUCCCCGCCGAUGGCUCGGACUCGACUGAAGUGUUUCAAGAGAGGUACUCUAAGCAGACGCGGUUGCCCACGCCACUGUUGUUCAUGUACCACCACGGGGAAGUGUUCGACCAGGAGAAGGUUAAACCCAUGAUCCUGGACUCCCUUGCCCACUGUGAGCCAUACAUCAAGAACGCAAUCCUCCAAUACGAACUGUAA